AUGGCGCUGCGGCUGUUUCAAAAACUCAACAGCAACGUCAAGGGCAGGCUGGGGGCCCUCGAGGCGCAGCUGCAGGCAGACACGCUGCUGGGGCGGCUGCAGUCUGGCUUUGCGCCUUUGCUGCCGGAGCCAGCAGCAGCAGCAGCAGCAGCAGCAGCAGCAGCAGCAGCAGCAGGGGGGGCAGGGGCUGGGGGGAGGCGGCAGCUUGGGCUGUCGCAGCUGCAGCACGCGCAGAUCAUUGAGGUCGACGAUGCUGCUGCUGCUAAGCUGCAGCAAAUCGCGCAGCAGCUGCUGCUGCUGUGCAAGCAGCUGCAGCGGCAGCAUCUGCAGCAGGCAGCCACGGAGCAGCAGCAGCAGCAGCAGCAAUGGACCCCCUCAGCAGCAAAGACGGGGCCCUUGACUCCUGUGGGGUCUCACCAGCACAGCAUUGAGCUGCUCUGCAACAUGCUGCUGCUGCGGUCUCCCGCCGCAGGCAGCAGCAGCAGCAGCAGCAGCAGCAGCAGCAGCAGCAGCACGGCGUCACCCGCAGUAGAAGAAGCAAUUCAAACAGCUCUAGAAGUGCUGCUGCUGCUGUGCGAGCCGCCGCCUCUUGUUAGCAUGGUUAUUGAGCAGCAGCAGCAGCAGCUGCAGCAGCAGCAGCAGGACGCUGCGGUGCCUGCUGGUGCCUUUGCAGCAGCAGCAGCAGCAGCACCAGCAGCGACUGCAACAGCAGCAGCAGCAGCAGAGUGGGCCAGCGCCUUCGAAACGGCGGAAGAUUUGCAUGUGUUUGCUGCGCUGCAGCGGGGGCCACCUGCAGCAGCAGCAGCAGCAGCAGCGGAAGGCACAGGCAGCAGCAGCAGCAACAGCAACGAUGCUGCAGCAGACACUGCGGAAGCUCGACACAAGAGGCUGGCAGCAGCUGCUGCUGCUGCUGCUUCUGCGGGCAUUCCUGCAGGCGCUGCAGCAGCUGCAGCCCUGUCUCCCACGGACAAAAACGCAGCAGCAGCAGCAGCGGCUGCUGCUGCUGCUCAUUUGCUGCUGCUGCGGCGUGUCUGCUGCAGCACGGGGGGCGGCGAAGCCCUAGUGCUGCUGCUGCAGCUGGGCAACAGUGAGCUGCAGCUAGACUGUCUGCUGCUGCUGCGUCGGCUGCUGCAGUGCAGCAGCAGCCUGGAGCUCUACGAGCAGCAGCAGCAGCAGCAGCAGCAGCAGCAGCAGCAGCAGCAGCUAGCAGCAGCUGUGGCCGAGGCCUGCUCACAGGGGGGCAGCUGCAUGCAGCAGCUAACAGCAGCACUGGGGGCUGAGGGCCCCACAGCAGAGGCCCUGAGGGCCAAUGCGCUGCAGCUGCUGCAGCUGCUGCUGCAGCAGUCGCCUCCCUUGAGGGCUGCAUGCACGAUACAGGUGAGGUGUGGGGUCAGCAGCAGCAGCAGCAGCAGCAGCAGCAGCAGCAGCACAGCCGAAGAGACAUGCGACGCGCAGCUUGCUUCAACCCACACUCUGCUGCUUCUGCUGCUGCUGUUGCUGCUGCUGCUGCUGCUGCUGCUGCUGCAGGGGGGCCUUGAGGCGCUGCUGAGGGUUCUGGGUGUCGAGCUGAGCUUUGCGCCUUUGUCGGACGUUUACGCAGCAAAUCCAGCAGCAGCAGCAGCAGCUGCUGCUGCUGCUGCUGAUAACAGCAGCAGCAACCUUGUUGCUGUUUCCCCUCAGUCUUUAACCGCCCUGCGGUGUCUGCUGCUGCUGGCAGCAGAUGAGUACGGCUGCAAGUACAUGCGAGAAGCCCAAGUGCUGCAGCAGCUGCUGCUGCUGCUGCGGUUCCUGCUGCAGCAGCUGCUGCAGCACCUUGUCCGGGAGCAGCAGCAGCUGCUGCACGGCGAAUUCUCAACUGCAGCAGCCACUCCGGAGAAGCAGCAGGCAGGCAGCAGCAGCAGCAGCAGCAGCAGCAGGCGCAGCGGCGUGGGCAGUGUCUGCAAGGCAGCAAAGCUGCUGCUGCUGCUGCUGCAGCAGUUCGUUGCAUGCAAAGAAGUUGCUUCUGCAGACGACGGCGGCAUCACAGGGCUGCCCUUUGGCUUCACGCGACUGCAGCACGGCACAGCAGCAGCAGGAGAAAAUGAGGGAAUAAGCCCCGCAGAGUUCGCCAAGAACUGCGCGGCGCUGCUGCGGUGGGGCUUGCCAGAUGCAUGCUGCCGCUUUGCUGCUGAGUUUGCUGCUGUGCUGCUGCAGCUGCAGCACCAACAGCAGCGGCUGCUGCAGGAGCAGCAGCAGCAGCAGCAGCAGCAGCAACAGCAGCUGCUCCAGCACUGCCACACCGCCAAACUAAUUCUUGUGGAGGCACUGGAACUGCUUGUGUCUGCUGCCAGAGGCGCUGGGCCCCAAGCAGCAGCUGCUGCGCUGUGCCCGGUGCAGCAGCAGCAGCAGCAGCAGCAGCAGCAGGAGCCGCUGUCGUCUCUUGUGCAUGCGGCACUCCUCUCAGCAGGCGAUUCUGUGCUGCAGCAAGUGCUGCUGUCUUCGACAGACUUGCUUCUUGCAGGCAAUGCGUUGCUGCAGCAGCAGCUGCUGGGGCAAAUUAUAGCAGCUCUUGGCAGCAUUGAGCUGCAGCCGCUGCUGCUGCAGCUGCAGCAGCAGCAGCGGCACAGUGGGGAAGAGGCCAUUUCGAGCAUGGCCACUGCAGCAACAGCAUUCUUGCUGCCCUUGGCAGGGCAGGGAGAGCAGCAGCAGCAGCAGCAGCAGCAGCAGCAGCAGCGGGAAGUAGCUCCUGCAGGCAUGCGUAUUGCAGCUCUGCUUCACUGGCUAGCAGGUUUUGCUGCUGCAGCUGCUGCUGCAGCUGAGGAAAAGGCAGCAGCAGCAGCCUCGGCAGCAGCAAGCGACAACCCAAGCAGCUUCUGCAACGGCUUGAGCGCCGCUUCUGCUGCUGCAGCAGCAGCAACAGCAGCAGUAGGGCCCGGAGGGGACUUGCUGCUGCAGCAGCGGCUGCUGCAGGCUCAUGCAGCUCUCCGUCUGCUGCUGUCAGCUGUUCAGAGCAACCUGCCGCUGCUGCAGCAGCUGCAGCAGCAACCCGCCUCUCUUCUGGGCCAGCUGCAACAGCUGCAGCAGCAGCAGCAGCAGCCGCUGCUGCAGCAAGCAGCCACGCGCCUGCUGCCGCAGCUGCUUCAUGCGCUACGCAUCCAAGCCCCUGGGGCCCAAGGAGCUGCAGCAGCUUGCGUCUCGGGGCUGUUGUCUCUGCUGCUGUGUGCUCUAUCCCCGCCUUGCAUUGCCUUUGGAGCUUCUUACCUCAGCAGCAGCAGCAGCAGCAGCAGCAGCAGCAGCAGCCCUACGCAGCCCGGCGCAGCAGACGCAGCAGCAGCAGCAGUUGCAAUAGCUGCAGCCUCCGCGGACUUUGCUGCAGCAGCUCAGGCCCCAUUAGCUUCGCUGCUGCUGUCGCCGCUGUGUGCCGUUUCGCUAGCGCGGCUGCUGCGGUAUGAGCAGCAGCAGCAGCAGCAGCAGCAGCAACUGAAGCUGCAGCAGCAGCAGAUUGAGGAACGGCAGCAGCAGGACUUGCUGCGGGGUCUUGCUGCGCUGCUGCUGCAGCAGUCAGUAGAGGCCUUGAGGCAGCAGGAAGCAGCUGCUUCUGUGGACGAAUGUCCCCUUGACACGUGCAACAGCAGCAGCAGCAGCAGCAACAGCAGCAGCAGCAACAGCAGCCACAACAGCAGCAGCAGCAACAGCAACAGCGCUGCAGAAGCUUUGCUGGCCACCGUUGGCGUCGAAGGCCUUUGUGAACGGCUUUCAAACGUCCUGCAGGCUACAUGCAGCUCUUGUCUGUGUCUUGGUAGCUUCCUUUACUUAUUUCGAGGGGCCCCCGGGGGCCCCUGGGGGGCCCCCGGGGGCCCCCCAGGGGCCCCCAGGGGCCCCCAAGCCUCUAUAGGGUCCUCGUACCCUGCAGUUAGAGCUGGAGGGUGUCUUUUGCCGUACCUUAGCAAACAGCAGCAGCAGCAGCAGCAGCAGCAGCAGCAGCAGCAGCAGCAAAUGGCGCUGCUGCUGCCUGCUGCUGGUGUGGGGCUGCUGCGGCUGCUGGCGGUGCGGGGCCCCAGACAGCUGGUCAAAGCUCUCCUCGGGAAGUGCGCCGCUGUGCCCCCUCAAGCUCCAGAAGCCGCGCAGCUGCUGCAGGCGCGGCGGGUUAUUCGCUGGCAGCACGAUGCCCUUGACGCCGUGCGGUUUAAUCUUGCUGCUGCUGAGAGGCAUGCAGCGCUGCUGCAGCAAGCAGCAGCACCAGAGCUGUUUGCUGCUCUUGCUGCUGAAGCAGCAACCCUAGGAAAAGAGGCUCGCAGUGAGCAAAUCGCAGCGCUGCAAGCGCAGUUGGAGGCCGCGCAAAAGCCCUCGUCCGAGCUCCAGCAGGAAGUCAUUCGCCUCUCAGCUUCUCUUGCGCAGCGAGAUGGGCAGCUGCAGGCAGCAAGAGAACAGCAAGCAGAGCUGCUGGCCCUGCUGGAGCUUAUAGCCACUCGUGUACCAGAGUCGCUGCGCUUUAUGUGCCCUUUGACGGAGGCCCCUUGUCGCUACACUGCUGCUGCUGCUGCUGCUGCUGCUGCUGCUGCUGCUGCUGAUAGUGGCGCAGCAGCAGGACUUACGGGGGAGACACCCACGGCAGGCCAGCUGGCAGGUGAGAAAGAAGCAGCAGCAGCAGCAGCAGCAGAAGCGGCAGUGGCAACAAAUGCAGCAGCAAAGCCUUUGGAAACGCCUACGAGCUUAGGAGACCAGCAGCAGCAGCAGCAGCAGCAGCAGCAGCAGCAGCAGCUUUUGACGGUGGAGGCGCGAAUGGCCGCUGGUGCUGCAGUCUCAGCAGCCGCAACUACAUCAGCAGCCGCAGCAGCAGCAGCAGCAGCGGCAGCAGCAGCAGCAGCAGCAGAGAGCACCGUCCUUACAAGCAGCAGCAGUUCCGCAACAAACGGCUUAACAAAUGACUAUUUAUCUGCAGCAGCAACUGCAGCAAGUGCAGCCACUGCAGCAGGAGCAGCAGCAGCAGCAGCAGCAGCCGCAGACUGCGGAGGGGAACAGCAGGUCGCUCAAUACUACCAGCUGGAGAAGCAGCAGCAGCAGCAGCAGCAGCAGCAGCAGUAUGAUCCCCAAAAGGAGCCGCACAACGGGCAGCAGCAGCAGCCCGCACUAAAACUGCUGCAGCAAGAGCAGCAGUAUCAGCAGCAGCAGCUUCUGCAUCUUCAACAGCAAGAAGUCCCUCUGCAGCAGCAGUAUGAGCAGCAGCGACAGCUCGCGCAGCAGCAGCAAGAGCCCCGGCCCGAGCCGCAGCAGCAGCAGCAACUACAACAGCAGCUAGAGCAGCAGCAGUUGCAGCAGCAGCAGCACCAGCUGCAACAACCGGAGCAGCAGCUACAGCAGGAGCAGCAACUACAACAGCAGCAGCAGCUGGAGCAGCAGCAGCUGCAACAGCAGCAGCUUCAGCAGCAGCAACUCCAACAGCAGCAGCAGCUGCAGCAGCAGCAGCAGCAGCAGCAGCAGCAGCAGCAGCAGCAGCAGGAGGACGAGGAAGCAGAGUUUGCAGAAUAUUAUGCAACUGUGGCCCGCGUGGACCCCUCGCAGCUGACGCUGCAGCAGCAGCAAGAGUUUGAACUUUUCAAGCAGCAGUGGGAGCUGUACAUACACCACCGCAGACAAGCUAGGGCCAGCAGCAGCAGCAGCAGCAGCAGCAGCAGCAGCAGCAGCAGCAGCAGCAACAGCAACAACAACAACGCAGGCGUGCCCCUGGUUUGGCGGGGCUGGGCGCUGGCGACCGCGGUUCCCCCCCUAAACCCGAAUCUUCCCGCUGCAGCAGCAGCAGCUUCCUUUUUAAGCGAAGAAGGGUGGCCGGAAGCAGCAGCAAAGGGGCAGCGGCACUACGUGUGCAAGUACAGCUUCGACGGGGGCCCCUGCAGGACCCGCAGCAGCGGCCAGUACCCCUCGGGCCUCAUCUGCCCCCCCGGGAACUGCUGCAGCAAAGUCCAUUUGCUGCAGGGCCAGUCCGGGGAGUGGUGCACUCCGUCUUGGGCGCUGUGCAACGGGCUGCUGCAGCACGAGGGUUUUGGGUACGGCAGCUGCAGCUGCAGCAGCCACGGCCACCUGUGUCCGCCCCACAGCGCAUGCAAGCAGCAGCAGCUGCCUCUUGGGGGGGUUUAUUGCGAGUGCGAAGAAGGGUAUUUAGGGGAUGGCAGCAGCUGCUUCUUCGACAGCUGCAGCAGCAGCCCCUGCGCCCCGGGCUCCUGCAGCUUGGUGGGCGGGGAGGCCCGCUGCAGCUGCCCGGAGCACUACGAGGUCGUCAGCAGCAGCAGCAGCAGCAGCAGCAGCAGCAGCAGCAGCAGCGGCGGGGAGCGCUGCCAGGUGGUGGACGCAUGCAGAGACAACCCCUGCGGGGAUGCUGCAGCAGCAAAAAGCUGCACCCACGAGGGGCCCGGGAAGUACAGCUGCAGCUGCCAGCUGGGGUUCACUGCAGCAGAAGUGGGGGGUUUGCUGCGCUGCGAGAGCGUCUUCAGCUUCCUGACUUGUGCUGCUGCUGCAGCAGCGUGUGGGGUGGAGGGGGUGGCGGGGUGUACAGACACCGCAGCAGGGGUGCUUUGCGAGUGUCUUGAGGGGUUUGAACUCGUCAAAGAAACCACCAAGUUCAGCUGCAAAAGAAAAGACCCUUGUUUGCAAAACCCUUGCGGCGAUGCUGCUGCUGCUGCUAGCUGCGUGGCCACUGCUGCUGCUUAUGUUUGCAGCUGCAGGGAGGGGUAUAGAGCUGUGGAGGGAGCAGCAGGGCCGUACUGUGCUGCUGAGCAGCAGCAAAACGCGUACCUACUUUACGCAGCUGCUGCUGCUGCUGCGCUGCUGCUGCUUGCUGCUGCUGUUGCAUGCACUUACUCCCGCAAGGGGCCCGAACUCGCAGAAGACGAAAUCCUCUUCCUCCAGGAAAAUGCUGCGGAUGUUUCUGCUGCCGCCUACUACGGGCAGGCCACAGCCUGGGGGUAG